AUCUUGGUUCCAAACCCAUUCCGGUUCCGAAUCCAUUAAAAAAGUCUAUCCGUCUACCCAUAAACGGUAAACCCCCACGUUCAUUUCUCCGCGUUCUAUUUUACAGGGGCGGCUUUUAAAGCUCUUUCUGUUAAUAAUAAUUACUUUUCUUCCCAUUUUUUUCUCUCAUUGGCGCGUCUUUACAGUGUCCUUCCCAUUUCUCAGCACAUCUCAUCCAUAUAAAGAUCCCGAUUCCGAUCAGGAUCAGACCUCAUCCUCAUUUCUCUCGUCUCUCUUUAAAUCUCCAGAUCUCCACUCUUCUCUGUUAGAAAAUGGCGCAGAUUUUACUCCAUGGAACUCUACAUGUUACGAUCUUUGAAGCGAAUUCAAUUUCUCAUCCUGAUAGGAAAACUGGUGGUGCUCCUAAGUUCUUUAGGAAGCUUGUGGAAAACAUCGAGGAGACAGUUGGAUUUGGCAAAGGAGCUAGUAUGCUUUAUGCCUCAGUUGAUCUCGAUAAGGCUAGAGUUGGAAGGACCAGAAUCAUAAAAGAUGAACCUGUCAACCCUAAGUGGUACGAGUCUUUUCACAUCUACUGUGCCCAUAUGGCUGCUAAUGUCAUCUUCACUGUCAAAGAUGAUAAUCCCAUUGGAGCAACUCUGAUUGGAAGAGCUUAUGUUCCUAUUGACCAAGUUCUAAGUGGGGAAGAAGUGGAUGAAUGGGUCGAGGUGGUAGAUGAGGAGCGUAAUCCUGUGCAAGGUGGUUGUAAGAUCCACGUGAAGCUGCAAUAUUUUGAUGUUGGUCAAGACAAGAAUUGGGCUCGGGGAAUUAGAAGCGCCAAAUUUCCUGGAGUUCCUUACACAUUCUUCACCCAGAGAACAGGAUGCAAAGUUUCUCUAUAUCAAGAUGCUCACGUCCCAGAUAACUUUAUUCCCAAAAUCCCUCUUGCUGGAGGCAAGAUUUACGAGCCUGCCAGAUGUUGGGAGGAUAUAUUUGAUGCAAUCAGUAAUGCGAAACACAUGAUUUACAUUACUGGAUGGUCUGUGUACACUGAAGUCGUUUUGAUAAGGGACUCUAGAAGGCAAAAACCUGGUGGGGACAUUACCCUUGGAGAGUUGCUUAAGAAAAAGGCUGAUGAAGGUGUUAGGGUCCUUAUGCUUGUAUGGGAUGACAGAACCUCCGUGGGUUUAUUGAAAAAAGAUGGAUUGAUGGCUACUCAUGACGAAGACACUUUUAAUUACUUCCAAGGUACACAGGUGAACUGUGUCUUGUGUCCCCGUAACCCUGAUGAUGGAGGCAGCUUUAUUCAGGAUUUACAGAUCUCAACUAUGUUCACUCAUCACCAGAAGAUCGUGGUCACGGAUAGUGCAAUGCCCAGUGCAGGAUCAGAACAGAGGAGAAUAGUGAGUUUUGUUGGGGGUAUUGAUCUCUGCGAUGGAAGAUAUGAUACUCAGUUCCAUUCUCUUUUUAGAACCUUGGACACUGCUCACCAUGAUGAUUUCCAUCAACCUAACUUCACUGGUGGUGCAAUUACUAAAGGUGGGCCCAGGGAGCCUUGGCAUGAUAUUCAUUCUCGUCUAGAAGGACCCAUUGCUUGGGAUGUACUUUUCAAUUUUGAACAGAGGUGGAGGAAACAGGGUGGGAAAGACAUUCUGGUCAACUUGAGAGAGCUUUCUGAGAUAAUUAUUCCUCCCUCUCCUGUCACGUUCUCCGAAGACCCAGAAUCAUGGAAUGUUCAAUUAUUCAGAUCCAUUGAUGGUGGUGCUGCCUUUGGAUUCCCUGAUUCACCAGAGGAUGCAGCCAAAGCUGGGCUUGUUAGUGGAAAAGACAACAUCAUCGACCGCAGCAUUCAGGAUGCUUAUAUUAAUGCCAUUCGAAGAGCAAAGGACUUCAUUUACAUUGAAAAUCAGUAUUUUCUGGGAAGUUCAUACGGUUGGAAAGCAGAGGGCAUUAAGCCAGAGGAAAUAAAUGCUCUGCAUCUUAUUCCCAAGGAACUCUCACUAAAAAUUGUUAGCAAGAUUAUGGCUGGUGAGAGGUUUACUGUUUAUGUUGUUGUUCCAAUGUGGCCAGAGGGUAUCCCAGAGAGUGCAUCAGUUCAGGCGAUAUUAGAUUGGCAGAGGAGGACUUGGGACAUGAUGUAUGCUGACAUCACUCAAGCUCUUAAAGCUAAAGGGAUUGUAGCUGACCCUAGGGACUAUUUGACAUUCUUCUGUCUCGGUAAUCGAGAGGUGAAGAAAGAAGGAGAGUAUGUACCAUCAGAAACUCCAGACCCUGAUACAGAUUAUAGUAGAGCUCAGGAGGCUCGACGAUUCAUGAUCUACGUUCACACCAAGAUGAUGAUAGUUGAUGAUGAAUACAUAAUCAUUGGAUCAGCCAACAUCAACGAGAGAUCAAUGAAUGGUGCAAGAGAUUCUGAAAUUGCCAUGGGAGGUUACCAACCUCAUCACCUAGCUCACAGAGAACCAGCAACGGGUCAAAUCCACGGAUUCCGUAUGGCAUUAUGGUAUGAACAUCUUGGCAUGCUGGAUGAAGUUUUCCUCCAUCCCAACAGUGAGGAAUGUGUGCAAAAGGUGAACAGGAUCGCUGAUAAAUACUGGGAUCUGUACUCGAGCGAUUCUCUUGAACGUGAUCUACCUGGACACCUCCUCAGGUACCCAAUCGGAAUCACUGAAAAUGGAGAUGUGACUGAGUUGCCAGGUCAUGAGUUCUUCCCCGACACUAAAGCACGUGUUCUUGGUGCCAAGUCGGAUUACCUUCCUCCAAUUCUCACUACAUAGGUUAUGUACUUAUAUCCUUCUUUCUCUCGUACUCUUAUAUCCAAUAAAAGUUGUAACUUUUGAGUGUUUUAUUAGGUUUUCUGAUCAGAGAUUGUUUAUUUUACAAAUUUGGUCACUGGUCUGUUCGCUUAUAAACUGUAUUUGCUAAUUUGUUUUAGUAAUGAAAUUCUGUGUUUAUAAA